ACAAAAAUGGCGCGACGUUUGGGAGAGGUGACUGCUAUCCUCUAACUUAAUUCGUUAUUUUUCUAUAUCUUCAUUAAUUAUUUCAUGUAACCAAAGCAUAACCUAAGGUGUUGCUGUCUUGAGUCACUUUAAAUACCUAGCUGCAAACGCAAAGAUAAAGAAAUAAAUAGAUAUAUCCUACAACUUUCACUGUGUGCUCCAACUAGCUAACUAGAAUGCAUUUUCAUCAACUGUUGAGAUGUGCCCAGCGUGUUGGGGAGCCAUCUAGGGUUGUCCCUGGACUCUUCUCCCAUUGUACCCGGACUUCCGUGAAUACUUUCUCCACCUCCAAUGUCUGUCCAGCUCGCAAGAAAAGCAGUCCAUACAGUUCCGUGGACAGCGGACGCUACUCCUCACUCCUCAAGUCAGUUGUGUCCCACAGAGUCAGUGCUCAAACUCCCGAGAUCCUAGAGGAGCAAGAUGUUCAAAUCUACGGACCUGUGAUAAAAUCCCCAACACCAUCUCAUCGAACCCAAGCACCAUCCAAAGUGCCUAAAAUCCUCCACCCGUUGCUCAACCAAGACAAGGUAUUUGAAUCUGGCGAAACUGAGUUUGGAGGGGCUCCAGCCAGAAUUAUCCUACGGAGGGGUCAGGACAGGGGCUCAGGGCCCAGUGUGACCUGUAUCCUACAGGAGACUAUGUCCCCAGAGCAACAGUUUUACCUGGAGAGAUGGAGGAGGAAGAUGAUAGCUCAACUGGGAGAGGAUGGCUUCAAGGAAUACAGUCAGAAUCUCUUCAGGCAAGGGAAGCUUUUCCAUACGGCCGUGGAGAGUGUUCUCCCAUUGACAACAAAGGAGGUACCGGGGGAAGAUCCUGAGGAGGCACCAGCGGUUCCGUCAGAGGUAGAGGGAUACAUGGAGAGUGUACGCCAUGUGUUGGAGGACGUUAGGGGAGUGAGAGCCAUCGAGAGCCGUGUGCAGCAUGACACACUAGGCUACCUGGGGAUAGUGGACUGUGUGGCUCUCUACAGGGGUGUGCUGUGUGUGAUCGAUUGGAAAACAUCAGAGAGGUCUAAACCUUUCCUCAGCAACACGUACGACAACCCUCUACAGGUGGCAGCCUAUGUUGGGGCCUUAAACAACGAUGUGAACUACAACUACCAG